AGCCCCUCAUCUGAGCCCCAUCUCUCCGCUCCAUUUGCAUUCACUGGCUAAAACUGGCUGGCAGGGCAACACUCUCAACUUUCUGUUCCAGGCUUUGAAGCGUUCCAAAAGUUUUUUAUUGACUUGGAGUGGAGGGGACAGAGAGAGAGAGAGAGAGAGAGAGAGGAGAGAGGAGAGAGGAGAGGAACAAGAGGAAGAAGACAAAGAUAAAGUACAACUAAAACCUUAGACUUCCACAGGAACGGGAACAGGUGGGCCAAGCUGAAAUAAACGGUGUCUCGAAGCUGGAGGCAGGCCUUGGGGAACUGAGGGGUCAUGGAUAUCAGGAUGCAACGAGAGGAGGCAUCAGCUCAGGAAGUGUUCAGCUAUGCCCAGAUGUCCACCCUGGAGCGAAAGAGUGGGGUAGGAACGCUGAGUCGGCAUCUGGAUCGGGAGAGGUUGGAGAGAGACAGUUACACGGUGGAUGUCAGGGCCAGUGACCUGCAGUUGAAUCAGCCUGGGCCGUUACAUCCCUGCUUUAGCUACAGAGUCUGGCUUUACAGCGUCGUUAUAGGGAGCAGCUUGCUGAUAGCAGCAACUUUCUCCCUCUACAUGGGUAAUGUGUUUCCAGGUGCAAUGGACUACCUGCGUUGUACUGCUGGAUCUAGUAUACCAGCUGCAGUGGUGAGCUUCGCUAUUGCCAAGAACAGACAAGUUGCAGUUUCAGACUUUCAGAUGGUCUACGUGUCGUCCUUUGCUGUGACAACCACGUGUCUGGUGUGGUUCGGAUGUAAACUCGCCAUUAGUCCCUCAGCCAUCAAUAUCAACUUUAACCUGCUCCUGCUUAUUGUGCUGGAAGUGCUCACGGCCAGUACUGUUAUCCUGUCAGCACGCUCAGCGGACGACUGCUGCAGUCAUGCAAAGCCAGUGUCUGAUGGCCCUGUGGUUGUGACCCCAGCUUCGUUCCCCACUCGUCUUCUCAAGGCUUACGCCGUAAUUGAGGUUAUAGUGGGCAUCUCCGCUGUAUUUGGAGGAAUUAUUUCUCUGAAUUUGGGUGCUCUCCUCCCAGAGCCAUAUCUUUCUGUCACUUUCUUCUGGAUUCUGGUAGCUUGUUUCCCCAGUGCCAUUGCCAGCCAUGUGGUGGCAGAAUAUCCCAGCAAGAGUCUGGUGGAAAUGCUGAUUGCUAUAAGUAGUGUGACCUCACCACUUCUUUUCUCAGCUUCUGGAUUUUUGUCCUAUAGCGUGAUUAAUUUUAUUGAGAUCUAUCUGCAUGAAGUGCCAUUAGCAAAGCAGUCGUAUGACAUACUGCUGCUUGUCCUGAUGGGGCUGCUGCUGGUGCAGGCGGUACUAACAUUAGCCACCAUAGUAAAGUGUGCUUCCUACAAGAGCCAGCUGCGCACUGAAUGGGACACACUACACAAAAAACACUCUGAGCAACAAACGCUAAAUGGCACACUAAGGGAUUUUGACAGAGAGAAGGCAUGGAAAGCAGUGGUGGUCCAAAUGGCCCAGUGACCAAAGAUACAGGCAUCAGAAGGAAAAAACUGAGAGAAAGAAAGUGAAGGUACAAAUAUGGAGUAUGAUAAUGUCAGUUGGAAAAUAAUCAUCAUGAAACUUCUGUCAUAGUUGUCAGCUGACCUGUCAUAUUAAUGAACAGUACACUACCGUUCAAAAUU